GGCCAUCUCAUCCUCUCAGGCAAAGCAGCUGCUUAGCUAGCCACUGUUGAGUAAUUACAGACGAUGUGCUUACACAGAAAACCAUACAUACUCACGUACAAUUUUCUCAGUUAGCCCUGUUUUCUUACACUAAAAUUGGUUCGAAUAUCGUGCGUCCGGCGAUGGGUAUUGCCAAAAUACCUGCAGUGCUCUGGUUAUUAGCAUGUGCGGUGUUAACAUUUGCAGUUGCAAUUAGCCCGGCUCACGGCGGCAGGACUCGCCGCCACUACGAUUUCUUUAUUACGGAGACCAACUACAGGAGGCUCUGCCACGAGAAGAGCGUCCUCACCGUGAACGGGCAGUUCCCCGGGCCGACCAUCUACGCGCGCAAGGGCGAUCUCGUCAUCGUCAACGUCUACAACCACGGCAACAAAAACAUCACCAUCCACUGGCACGGCGUGGACCAGCCGCGGAACCCAUGGUCGGACGGGCCGGAGUUCAUCACGCAAUGCCCGAUCCGGCCGGACGGCAAGUUCACCUACCAGGUGAUCAUGUCCGAGGAGGAGGGCACGCUGUGGUGGCACGCGCACAGCGACUUCGACCGCGCCACCGUCCUCGGCGCCAUCGUCGUCCACCCCAAGCACGGCGACACCUUCCCCUUCAAGAGGCCAGACAAAGAGAUACCCAUCAUCCUCGGUGAGUGGUGGAAAAACGAUGUGAACCACCUGCUCGAGGAGAUGAAGCGCAUUGGGGAAGACGUCAAGCCGUCUGACGCGAACACAAUCAACGGCCAGCCCGGGGACAUGUUCCCCUGCUCCAGGGACGACACCUUCAAGGUUGCCGUGGAGCACGGCAACACGUACCUGCUCCAGGUCAUCAACGCGGGGCUCACCAACGACAUGUUCUUCGCCGUCUCCGGGCACCGCCUCACCGUUGUCGGCAUCGACGCCCGCUACACCAAGCCGCUCACCGUCGAAUACAUCAUGAUCGCGCCGGGCCAGACCAUGGACCUUCUCCUGGAGGCCAACCGCAGCUUGGGGUCCAAGUCCAACAGCAGGUACUACAUGGCCGCGAGGACGUUUAUCACGUUACCCGUCCCCAUCCCCUUCAACAACAGCACCGCCACGGCCGUCGUGGAGUACUACACCGGCGACAGCGGUGCCGGGCCACCGGACUUCCCCGCCGUCCUGCCGUCUCUCGACGACGUGGACGCGGCGAUGGCAUUCCUCAGGCAGCUCAGGUCCCUUGGCAGCAAGGACCACCCGGUCCACGUACCGACGCACGUCGACGAGCACAUGCUCAUCGACCUCGCCAUCAACUUUCUCCCCUGCAACGCCACCAACGCAACCGACACGGCGUGCAAGGGACCCAAGGGCAACACUACGCGUUUCGCGGCGAGCCUCAACAACGUCAGCUUCGUCAGCCCGGCCAUCGACGUCCUUCACGCGUACUACUACGGCAGCGGCCGCGGCGUGUACGAGGACGACUUCCCUAACAACCCGGCGCCCGUCUUCGUCAACCUCACCGGCGACAACGACAGGCCCGGGGUGACGAAGCACGGCGCCAAGGUGAAGGUGCUGGAGUACGGCACCGUGGUGGAGGUGGUGUUCCAGGACACGUCCUUCGAGAGCCACCCAAUGCACCUCCACGGCUUCGCCUUCUACGUCGUGGGACUAGGGUCCGGUAAGUUCGACGACCGCAGGGACCCGGCCACCUACAACCUGCUCGACCCGCCGUACCAGAGCACAGUCUCCGUGCCCAAGGCCGGCUGGGCCGCAAUCCGCUUCCGCGCAGACAAUCCAGGUGUGUGGUUCAUGCAUUGCCAUUUUGAUCGACACAUGGUGUGGGGAAUGAAUACUGUGUUCAUCGUGAAGGAUGGCAAGACGCCACAGGCUCAGAUGCUGCCUCGUCCUCCAAACAUGCCCAAGUGCUAAUGACCAUAGUUCAUGGAAAAUGAUAGCAUAUAUUGUGCAACACAAGUGUCCAUGCCUAAGUGUUGAUUGCAACACAAUGCAACAUGCAAGCGGAAAUUUGUUUAUUUUGCUUAUUGGUUUAGCGUGGUUCUUUUUUUUCAUUGCUUAGGCAUUGGCUAAAAUGAUCUCCCUUUUUCCUUGUUUGGCUGAAAAAGGUGAAGCUAUUCUGUUAUAUAUGUCUUGUAAUUGUUUUCAUUAAUCGUUUCGUCAUAUCA